GGAGGUCGCGAGCGGUCCCCGGGAGUUGCGGCGCUAAGGCGUCUCGGUGGGCGGUGGCCUUGGGUCCCGGGGCUUCCUGCGAGCGGCCGCGCCGAGCAGCCCCGGCUCCCCGGCCGCCUCCAUGACAUUGGACGCCCUGGGCGCGCCGAGAUGCUGAUCCGGAAGAGGCCGUGGCUGCGGUGCCGCCCGCGCGGCCGCUCGCCGCCCGCUGUCCGGCCCGGGCCGCACGGCCUCCGGAGUUCCUGAUCGAGCGGCGGCGGCCAGCUGUCUGCCCCCAGCACCCGCUCCCCGCAGCGCCGGGCCGGUGUCAUCUCCCUGCUUUGGCACCCCUCGCCCCGUUCCCGGGCAUCAUCCCACUACCAUGAGCGUGCUCCGCGGACAGAGAUGUGUUCCUCACGCUAGCAGUCGUCCCGUCCCGUGGAGAGCUGUCCCAAUUAAUGGAUUCUGACAUGGAUUAUGAAAGGCCAAACGUAGAGACCAUCAAGUGCGUGGUGGUGGGGGACAACGCUGUGGGCAAGACCAGGCUCAUCUGUGCCCGGGCCUGCAAUGCCACCCUCACCCAGUACCAGCUGCUUGCCACCCACGUGCCCACCGUUUGGGCCAUCGACCAGUAUCGCGUGUGCCAGGAGGUUCUGGAACGCUCCCGAGACGUAGUAGACGAUGUCAGCGUGUCCCUGCGUCUCUGGGACACCUUUGGGGACCACCACAAAGACCGCCGCUUCGCCUAUGGGAGAUCCGACGUGGUGGUUCUCUGCUUCUCCAUUGCCAACCCUAAUUCCCUGCACCAUGUCAAGACCAUGUGGUACCCAGAGAUCAAGCACUUUUGCCCUCGAGCACCUGUCGUCCUGGUCGGGUGCCAGCUGGACCUGCGUUAUGCCGACCUGGAGGCUGUCAACAGAGCUCGGCGGCCUCUGGCCAGGCCCAUCAAGCCCAAUGAGAUCCUCCCUCCAGAGAAGGGGCGGGAGGUGGCCAAGGAGUUGGGCAUUCCCUACUACGAGACCAGUGUGGUGGCCCAAUUUGGCAUCAAGGACGUCUUUGACAACGCCAUCCGGGCCGCUCUCAUCUCACGCCGCCACCUGCAGUUUUGGAAGUCCCACCUGCGCAAUGUGCAGCGGCCCCUGCUGCAGGCGCCCUUCCUGCCCCCCAAGCCGCCACCCCCAAUCAUUGUGGUGCCCGACCCCCCGACUGGCAGUGACGAGUGCCCCGCCCACCUGCUCGAGGACCCGCUCUGCGCGGACGUCAUCCUGGUGCUGCAGGAGCGCGUGCGCAUCUUUGCCCACAAGAUCUACCUCUCCACUUCCUCCUCCAAGUUCUACGACCUGUUCCUCAUGGACCUGAGCGAGGGGGAGCUGGGGGGCUCCUCAGGGCCAGGUGGCCCCUGCCGGGACUUCCUGCUCCGUGCAGCCAGCUUUGAUGUGUGUGAGAGUGUGGAUGAGGCUGGGGGCUCGGGCCCUGCCGGCCUGCGGGCCUCCACCAGCGAUGGAAUCUUAAGGGGCAACGGUACAGGGUACCUGCCGGGCAGGGGUCGCGUGCUGUCUUCCUGGAGCCGAGCCUUUGUAAGCAUUCAGGAGGAGAUGGCCGAGGAUCCCCUGACCUACAAGUCGCGGCUGAUGGUGGUGGUAAAGAUGGACAACUCCAUCCAGCCGGGGCCCUUCCGGGCUGUGCUCAAGUACCUAUAUACCGGGGAGCUGGGCGAGAACGAACGGGACCUCUUGCACAUUGCCCACAUCGCUGAGCUCUUGGAGGUCUUCGACCUUCGCAUGAUGGUGGCCAACAUCCUCAACAAUGAGGCCUUCAUGAACCAGGAGAUCACCAAGGCCUUCCACGUCCGCCGCACCAAUCGAGUUAAGGAGUGCUUGGCCAAAGGCACCUUCUCAGACGUGACCUUCAUCCUGGACGAUGGCACCAUCAGCGCACACAAGCCCCUGCUGAUUUCCAGCUGUGACUGGAUGGCUGCCAUGUUUGGGGGGCCGUUCGUGGAGAGUUCCACCAGAGAGGUGGUAUUCCCCUACACGAGCAAGAGCUGCAUGCGGGCGGUGCUGGAAUACCUCUACACUGGCAUGUUCACAUCCACUCCCGACCUGGACGACAUGAAGCUCAUCAUCCUGGCCAACCGCCUCUGCCUGCCACACUUGGUUGCCCUCACAGAGCAGUACACAGUGACCGGGCUGAUGGAAGCCACCCAGAUGAUGGUGGACAUCGAUGGCGACGUCCUGGUGUUCCUGGAGUUGGCUCAGUUCCACUGUGCCCACCAGCUGGCCGACUGGUGCCUGCACCACAUCUGUACCAACUACAACAACGUGUGCCGCAAGUUCCCCCGCGACAUGAAGGCCAUGUCCCCAGAAAACCAGGAAUACUUCGAGAAGCACCGGUGGCCUCCUGUGUGGUAUCUCAAAGAGGAGGACCACUACCAGCGUGCCCGGAAGGAGCGGGAGAAGGAGGACUACCUGCACCUGAGGCGGCAGCCCAAGCGGCGCUGGCUCUUCUGGAACAGCCCCUCUUCACCGCCCUCUUCCGCUGCCGCCUCCUCGUCGCCCUCCUCCUCCUCGGCCGUGGUCUGAGAAGCCGCUGCCUUCUCCUGACCCCUCUGCUGCUGCCGCCCCCAUCUGCCCUCCGCUCUUCUGCAUCACUCCUUCCAUCUGACAGCAGCAAGGGGACCCCGAUAACCGGGAGCCUGAGGGCAGAGCCGUCAGCAGCAGCCGACACGGAGGAGCUGGACGGCUGAUGGAUGGAUGGGCUGCACUAGGGGGACUGCCCACAGAGCUUCCCAGCUCCCAGGGAAGGCAGGGGACAACUGCUGGCAGGCGGGGAGCAGGGACCGAGCUGCCAGGCUCUGUCGACUUGCCGAAUGGGUCCGAGAGCCUGCAGGUGUGUCUUUGAUCUGUGUUCUGGCCACGCAGACAGCGCCCGUCCCAGGCAGCGGUGAGGGGCCUGCUCUACUGGUGGUCUUUUUCGCCAAUGGACUAGAGGGCUGCCGAGUAUUUUGCAAAGGGCCUUGCCACCUGGAGCCAACUCGUGUCCUCACUGGAGAAGUCAGGGCAGCAACUGAGUCUCCCGAGAUCUCAGCUCGAAGCGUCUGUCUCCUGGGGCCGGGCGUUCGGAUCCUGCCCGCCUCCCUUCCGGCUGCAGAACACGCAACUCUCAGGCUGCAAGCGGCAGCACCAGUGUAACUGGAAACUUCUCCCUUGCUUCCGGAGGAAGCCUCGGACUGGGAGCUGGGUAGGAAAAGCAGCAGCAGGGGCUGGGGUCUGCCCAGCAGUCCCAUGCUCCCCGGGGCCCCUUCCUCUGCCUCCGGGUGGCACUGCUUUUUAUGGGGUGGGGUGAAAUUAGCAAAAAAAAAAAAAAAAAAAAAACAGACCAAACAACAACCAAAUCACCAUCAACAACAACGCUCUCUUCUCCCCCGCACCGCCAAGAAUGGAAACCAGAAGAACCUGCAGAGCGUGCAUCUUUUCAUAAAGCCAAAUGAAGGCCCCCAUGGUGAAAAGCCCAGGGCCUUGGGCUGAGGGUGG